UCAAUUUACUUGCUUAUGAAUGUCUAAACAUAAUAUAAUUUGCCUAUAGUUGUUGUCUGAAAUGAUAUAUUUGUAUAAAAUAUUUUUUUCUUUAAGUAUACAAUCUUUUCUGUGUAAUUUUAUAGACGAGUUAUAAUUUGAUUUUGUGACAAAUAUGCAAAUAUUUGUAAAAACCCUUACCGGUAAAACUAUCACCUUAGAAGUUGAAUCAUCAGAUUCUAUUGAAAAUGUAAAAGCUAAAAUUCAAGAUAAAGAAGGAAUUCCUCCUGAUCAACAAAGGCUUAUAUUUGCUGGUAAACAACUUGAAGAUGGACGUACUUUGUCUGAUUAUAACAUCCAAAAAGAGUCUACACUUCAUUUAGUUCUUCGUUUAAGAGGUGGUGCUAAGAAGCGAAAGAAGAAGAAUUAUUCUACCCCUAAAAAAAUUAAGCAUAAAAAGAAGAAGGUUAAGUUAGGAAUUUUGAAGUUUUAUAAGGUUGAUGAAAAUGGUAAAGUUCACAGAUUAAGAAAAGAAUGUACAUCAGAAAACUGUGGUCCUGGAGUAUUUAUGGCUGAGAUGCCAAAUAGAUUUUACUGUGGCAAAUGUAGUGCUACUGUUGCUAAAUAAAUCAUAGUUAUUGUUUUAACAUAAUAAAGUUUUGAGGCAGAACUAUUCAAAUUA